UAUGCGCCUGAUGUCCACUAAUGCACCGGAAAAAGGAGAAGAAAGAGAAACAAGGUAGAGGAGUGUGCAACGCAGAGCGAGAUAGUUAACGUGCAGUCUUAAAGUAAAACUAUUUACUUUAAAUAUUCAAUAUUAUGUAUGCUAAAUAGCAAAGGAAGAACAUUGUUCAAAGGACGCGUUUUUGAAUUGACGCCGGCGUCCACAAACGUGCACUGCGAAGGGUGCAGACUGGGCUGACGUGAGGAGGACAUCCUACUCGACGGGAGAGGCCCGGUGACGUCUAGCUCACAUGAGGGAGCCGCAUUCCCGCCACUGACUGAGCCGUGAUUGGCCGAAGAGAAGAUGCUGGGUCUUCCGCCAGAGCUCUGGGUGUCCGUGUUCGGUUACCUGAGCACGGAGGAAAAGCACGCUGUUCGCUGCUGCUGCAGGGCCUUCAAAAAGCUGGUCGACCACCCAUAUUUGUGGAGGAGGUACACGGUGGUGCUGAGGGACCUCGACCGCUACACCUUUGGCUUCUGGGAGACUAUGCACCAGCGCAAGCUGACCCGAGUGGCCGUGCGUCACCUUCGACGGAAAGAAUGGCAGCGGCUCGUCAAGUUCCUCCCGACGCUCACCGCCAUCGUGUUCGUGGGCGGAGGGCAUGUGUACAAGCAGAAGUACCUGCACCCCCUGAUGCAGUUCCCAAACAUAAGAGACUUCGGCGUAAGGGACACCACCUGGAUGGAGCCCGUGCUGAGCACCAGUCUGAUCGCCCACCUCAGGGAUCGGCUGACACACAUGAGCGUGUGCAACGUCAACCUGACGUGCACCGUCUCCUUCAUUCAGGCCGUGUCGCAGCUCAGCAACCUGCGGUACCUGCUCUUCCACCAACAGGGCUACGACCUGGACGAGGUCCGUCCUGUGCCCUUGGAAGAUUUCCACCACAUGAUGAUGCACCUGAAGAAGCUCAAACACCUCUCAUGGGGAAUGAGGGGCAAGCCGCAGGACCCUCUUCCUGACAACUGGCCGAGCCCCGCAGAUCCUCGGGACCCAGGAUCUCAGUACAGCGGUCCAGCCCUGACCACCUUGGAGCUGGAGGUCUACCCCGAGACCAUCCUGCCCGAGACAGCCCUGUGGAACUUGACCUCACUCAAGUCACUGACGGUGCGCUACAGGUACUUUCAAGAUGGCGUGGACUGUCGCCUAAACUCCUGGCUGAGACCCCUCAAGAACUUGGAGUCUCUCAGCAUCAUCGGCCCGAACUCUCUGGCCGUCUACACGACCACCAUUCCCGCCAGCGUGACUAGCCUGACGCUGCGUGUGGCCAUCACUCUCAAGGACUUGGACUCCAUCGCUCCGAAAGGCUUGUCUUUGGAGCACCUGGACAUUGGGCAGAACCGCUCCAAUGGCAGCCUGUGUCGCUGCAUCCCCACGUUGUUCCCUCAACUCAGGACGCUGCGCAUAAGGUUCUUCCAUCGGGAGCCGGAGAAGGACUUGCUGAACCUUCACCGCCUUCGGCACCUGGAGCGCCUGGAGCUGCUGGUGGAGCGCUCCUUAAUCCUAAGAGGCUACCUGAACGGACACCCGUGGCCUGGCCCCUCGGUGCAAGAGCUCAUCAACCAGCUACGGGGGAUGUCGGCCAAUAGGAUCACCGUAGUCACCGCCAUGCGCCAGAGAAACCCUCUAAGGGAAUGCAACUGUGUGUGGGAGGGAGACCGAUGAUCCCAGCAGAACUUCUUCAUCUCCAGAUGAUAAAUUUAUGAAAUAAUUUUGCCUUCUUUUAUACUUCCUCCAAAUUAGCCGUUUGGAAUUUGCUAACAUUACUAUGCUAGCAUGUUAACAUUAGUAUGCUAACAUCUUUUUAAGCUAUUUUUCUGAAAUGUAUGUAGCCAGGUCCAAAAAAAAAAAAUGUUUACAAUGUAUUUCCGAGAGGACUCCACUAGGGGUCAGUAUGGCAUCUGGUGUGUUUGCAAAUUUGCAAAGGCAUACGACUGAAUAAGUGAGCGUUGGAUGAGAGCCAAGAAAAAGGAAGUAGUGUCAAAACUCGUAGCUUUGGGAGAAACGUGUGUAUACUUUUGUUGCUACUUCGAAGGUCAUUUGGGAGAUUUUGGACAUAUAGGUGGCGACUUGUCCAGGGUGUACGCCGCCUUCCAGCCAAAGGCAGCUGGGAUGGGCUCCAGCACCCACUGCGACCCCGAAAGGGACACGCGGUAUAAAAUGUAUCCAUCUUCUUCUGCUUAUCCAAGGUCGGGUCACGGGGGCAGCAGCCUAAGCAGGGAAGCCCAGACUUCCCUCUCCCUAACCACUUUGUCCAGCUCGCCCCAGGGGUUCCAGAGUCGUUCCCUGGCUAGCCAGGAGACAUAGUCUUCCCAACUUUUCCUGGGUCUUCCCCGUGGCCUCCUACCGGUCGGACGUGCCCGAAAAACCUCCCUAAGGAGGCGUUCGGGUGGCAUCCUGACCAGAUACCCGAACCACUGCAUCUGGCUCCUCUCGAUGUGGAGGUGCAGCGGCUUUACUUUGAGCUCUACCCGGAUGACAGGGCUUCUCACCCUAACACUAAGUGAGACCGGAUACCAUCAACGCCCUGACUGCACCUAGAAAUUCUGUCCAUAACAGUUAUGAACCGGAUUGGUGACAAAAGGCAGCCUUGGUGGAGUCCAACCCUCACUGGAAACGUGUCCCACAUACUGCCGGCAAUGCGGUCCAAGCUCUGGCACUGAUCAUACAGGGAACGGACCGCCACAAUCGGACAGUGCGAUACCCCAUACUCUCUGAGCACUCCCCACGGGAUUUCGCGGAGUACAUGGUGGGAUGCCUUCUCCCAAGUCCACAAAGCACAUGUAGACUGGUUGGGCAAACUCCUAUGCACCCGCAAGGACCCUGCUGAGAGUAUAGAGCUGGUACACAGUUCCACGACCAGGACGAAAACCACACUGUUCCUCCUGAGUCCGAGGUUAGACUAUCCGGCGUAGCCUCCUCUCCAGUAAACCUGAAUAGACCCUACCGGAAAGGCUGAGGAAAAUGGAUGACUGGCAAAAAAGCCACUGCAGUUAUUUUAUUGAUCUAUUUUCUCUAAAUUCUCCAAGUACCAAUAUGUGUUGCCCGGCAAAAUAGUUAAUCAUUUGGAAUAUGAUGUCUGCAACAUGUUUAAGAAAAGCUGGCACAAGUGGCAAAAAAGACUGAGAUAGUUGAGGAAUGCUCAUCAAACACAUAUUUGGAACAUUCAGCAGGUAAACCGGCUAAUUGGGAACAGGUGGUUGCCAUGAUUGGGUAUUAUCAAUCAAUCAAUCAAUGUUUAUUUAUAUAGCCCCAAAUCACAAAUGUCUCAAAGGACUGCACAAAUCAUUACGACUACAACAUCCUCUGAAGAACCCACAAAAGGGCAAGGAAAACUCACACCCAGUGGGCAGGGAGAAUUCACAUCCAGUGGGACGCCAGUGACAAUGCUGACUAUGAGAAACCUUGGAGAGGACCUCAGAUGUGGGCAACCCCCCCCCCUCUAGGGGACCGAAAGCAAUGGAUGUCGAGCGGGUCUAACAUGAUACUGUGAAAGUUCAAUCCAUAGUGGCUCCAAGACAGCAGUGAGAGUCCCGUCCACAGGAAACCAUCUCAAGCGGAUCAGCAGUGUAGAGAUGUCCCCAACCGAUACAGGCGAGCGGUCCAUCCUGGGUCCCGACGAGCGGUCCAUCCUGGGUCUCGACUCUGGACAGGGUAUUAGAGCAGCUUCCACGAAAUGCUCAGUCAUUCGAAAACAAAGAUGGGGCGAGGGUCACAACUUUGUGAACAAAUGCAUGAACAUUUCUCAACAAGCUAUUUCAAGGGAUUUCACCUUCUGCGGUCCGUAAUAUCAAAAGGUUCAGAGAAUCUGGAGAAAUCACUGCACGUAAGCGAUGAUAUUACAGACCUUUUGAUCCUUCAGGCGGUACUGCAUCAAAAAGUGACAUCAGUGUGUGAAGGAUAUCAUGACAUAACACUUCAGAAAACCACUGUCAGUAACUACAGUUUGUUGCUAUUGCUACAUCUGGAAGUGCAAGUUAAAACUCUUCUAUGCAAAGCUAAAGCCAUUUAUCGACAACACCCAGAAACGCCGCCGGCUUUGCAGGGCCCGAGCUCAUCUAAGAUGGACAGCUGAUGCAAAGUGGAAAAGUGUUCUGUGGUCUGACGAGUCCACAUUUGAAAUUGUUUUUUGGAAACGUGGAUGUUGUGUCCUCCAGAAGAGAGAGGAAAAGAACCAUCCGGAUUGUUCUAGGCGCAAAGUUCAAAAGCCAGCAUCUGUGGUGGUAUGUUAUGAGGGUGUAAUGGGGCCCACAGCAUGGGUAUCUUACAUUUGUGAAGGCACCAAUAAUGUUGAAAGGUACAUACAGGUUUUGGAGCAACAUGCCAUCCAAGCAACGUUAUCAUGGACGUCCCUGCUUAUAUCAGCAAGACAAUGCCAAGCCAUGUGUCACAACACCAUGGCUUGAUAGUGAAAGAGUGCGGGUACUAGACUGGCCUGCCUUUAGUCCAGACCUGUCUCCCAUUGAAUAUGUGUGGCACAGUAUGAAGCCUAAAAUACGACAAUGGAGACCCCAAACUGGUGAAUAACUUAAGCUGUACAUCAAGCAAGAAUGGGAAAGAAUUCCACCUGAAAAGCUUCAAAAAUUGGUCUUUUCAGUUCUCAAAAUGUUUACAGUGGUAAAAAUGCCCCUGUGCCAACUUUUUUGAAAUGUUUUGCUUCCAUUAAAUUCUAAGUUCAUAAAUAUUUGCAAAACAAUUUAAGUUUCUCAGUUUGAACAUUAAAUAUCUUGUCUUUGCAGUCUAUUCAAUUGAAUAUAUGUUGAAAAGGAUUUGCAAAUUGUUGUAUUCUGUUUUUAUUUACGAUUUACACAACUUCACUAGUUUUGGGUUUUGUACACCCACGUUUCUCCCAAAGCAACGAGUCCUCUCAAAUUUACCUCAGAGUGAUACAACUAGUUGACACAUAAAACUGUUGGCCUCCUAGUAUCCUAACAUUAAAUUGCUAACUUUUAUAGCGUCUGAAUAUUUUACCUUUCACAUCCUGGCUCCAGUGAUUCAGACUUUAUUUUUUUUUUUCCAACCUCUGGAUUUUUAUUUUUAUUUUUUUAAAGAACUAUUGUAUUAGAGCACUGUACUGUAAGGUCAUCUUGAAUAAAGUUAGUAAGAUAUUAAAAUCAA